CGGCCCGGGCACACGAGCGCUUCGCUUAAACGCCACCGAGACACUGCCGCGGCCGCCGCGCCCCAAGGACCGAUCUCCGACGCCCGAGAGAAAUCGCUGUGCGCUGUUCCGGUGCUGUCUGUGCAGACUUUCUCCCAGCGCCGCCGCAACCAAACCGCACGACACCGUUGACAACGACUACCACGAGAACGCCGCCGCCGCGAUAGAAACACAAAACAAUAAGGGACCUAGUUUGAGUCCGCGCGUUAUCGCCUCGUAACAACCGCGUUCAGCGCUCGGGUUGUUAGCGUAGUAUUCGGCGUGAGAGGCACGUUUCGCGCGGCGCGGCAUUACUGGGAGAAUAAGAAGGCGCUUCUAGGCCGGAUCAUCAUCCGGUAUACCAGCCCGGCUAGCUAGCUGUUCUGUAUAUGCGUGCUUUUCUUUCAUUCCGCGCGCGCGCGCGCGUAGCCGUUUUCGACGCCAGUAGCUGCCGUUACCGUCGCUAGAGGGGCGAGCGCUCCUUUCGGUUUCGCUUCGGCGUCGUUUUCACCCGUGGUCUGCUCCGCAGCGAAGGCACUUUUUCGUCUGCUUCCGCCGCUCCCCCUGUUUUUCGUCUGCUCCCGCUGCUCCGGCAGCUCCUCAUCCUCGGCUUGGUUCGUCUUCUCUCUUCCACAAACUCUUCCUGCUAGAGUGCUCCUUUGCCUUCUCAUUUCUUAUUCCGAACAGUGUCUUCGUCCUUGGAUUCGGCGGAGGCAUCAUCAACCCGGAGAGUGUGACAUACAUCAUAGCCACCCCGUACGAGGGUCAAAAGAACACCUCAUCGGUGUUUGUUCAGCGGCUGCGCAGUGGUGCUGCAUGCUGCUGCUUGGCGGUUAUUCGUUCGCUGUUCGUUCGUUAGUGUCGUAGAAUCUUGCUCGUUCCGGGGAGCUGCUGCAGGGCUGUCGCGUUUUUCUUCCGCUACGCGCUCGACUCGCUCGAACGCUGGUUGGUGCCGUUCUCGGAGCGCGGUUUCUUUGAGAGAGUGCGCGGGCUCGCCAGACAGGGACUCACAGAGGCACCGUGGCGCUCGGACGGUCAACGUUUGCCGAAGUGACUACCGGUGUUGCGGCGCGAAGUGGAACGAGCUCGUCCAAAGUGCUGCGGACAGACCGAUUUCGACGGUGAGACGGCAGCGCUGGAACGGAAGGAGGUGUUGCCCGCCGCAAGCUCGCAGUCGCCAUGGACACCAAGAAGCCGGAGGAGAUCAGUUUAGGUGAUCCUUGCCCUAAUACAGCUGCAAGAGAGGGCUCGCGCAACCCGAUGUACCAGGAUAGCAGCCGAAGGAGCUGGCCGGAUGGCCGUUCCUGGUGGAACCGGCGGACGAAGAUGGAGCGUUGCCUGCUGGUCAGCGUUGGGUUCCUCAUCGUCAUCGCCAUCGUCCUCAUCGCUACCACAACGCUAGCCAUGGCCAAGCCUAAAGCAUUGAAGAAAGUAAGCCAGGGGCUUUCUACAGAGGUCUGCAACUCAACGGUUUGUCAUGAGCGAGCACAACUGAUACUGCAGUCGAUGGACGAGAGCGUAGACCCGUGCCAGGAUUUCUACGGUUUCGUGUGCAACAACUGGAUGCGCAACAACCCCAUACCGGACGAACGGGCCAGGUUCAGCAAGUUCGAUCGACUGCGGCUGAAGGUGCUUCACCAACUCAGAGACAUCCUGGAGAAGGCGCCGUACAAGGUGGAUGACCAGAACGUCACCGACCAGGUGGUGCUCGCCUACCACUGCUGCACGAAUGAAUCCAUCAGCGAGCAGACCAAGUACGCUGCUUUGCGUACCAUGCUCAGCAGCGUCGGUAUCCACGACUGGCCCCGGCCGGUCGGUUGGCUGGAGGCGCCAUCUUGGGAGGAGCUGUUCGUCCAGGCCUACACCAAGACCGGGCUCAGCUUCAUCAUGGCCACCGGUGUGGGCGUCGAUCUCAAGAACACCUCCGUCUACGUCAUCAGUUUCGAUCAACCCGGCUUCGGGAUCGGCCGCAACCAGCUGAUCAACAUGAGCACUCCCAACAACGAGCCCAUCGUCAGGGCCUACAAGAAAUACAUGGCGGGCUCGAUACGCUUCAUGCAGCCGAGCCUCAGCGAAAGCGCAGUCAACGCCGCCGUCGAGGACAUCAUCACCUUCGAGGCUAAUCUCGCCAAGCGCACGAGGUCUCCGGAAGAUCGACGAGUAUUCGACACCAUGUACAACCGGCGGACGAUUGCCAACUUGAGCGCGGAGUUCCCUCAGGUGGACUGGCUCACCAUACUGAACAGAAUUUUCGAGCCAAUCAAUCUAACAAUGACGGAGGAAGAAGGUGUUGUCAUGAGGGAGCCGGAAUACUACAAUUCCACGCUCGACUUUCUCAAGACGGUCGAAGGGUCCACCAUCUACAACUACGUCGGAUGGCGACUGAUGCAGAACUUUGGGCCAACGUCGUCUAAGCUUCUGCGCAAGUUGGAAUUCGAGUUCGUGCGCGUCGUGCAAGGAGUGGAGAAGAUCCUGCCCAUAUGGCAGCGCUGCAUCGGCAGUAUCAGCGCGUUACUGGAUCACCCCAUGGGAAGGCUCUACAUCGACAGGGAAUUCAGCCCACAGGCGAAAGAUGACAUGGACUCACUCGUCUCUGAUCUCAAAGUCGCCUUUAGUGCGCUCCUCCAACAGAACGACUGGAUGGACGGCUACACAAAGGACCAAGCCGCCAACAAGCUGAACGCUAUAGUGGACAACAUUGGUUAUCCGAGUUGGCUGAAGAAUAACACGCACCUCAACAGCCGCUACGACAUUAUCAAGCCAAUCACACCGGGAACACCUUUCCUGAACGUCUACCUGAACGUUCGGUAUAACGGAAUGGUCAAGAGGCUUGAGAAACUUCGGACAACCUUCAACAGAAGUGAGGAAUAUGUUGGAUCGGCAGUCGUGAAUGCCUUCUACAAUCGUGUGGCUAAUUCUAUAGCGUUUCCCGCGGGAAUCCUUCAGAGUCCCUUCUACGGCUACGGCCUGCCACCUUCUGUAAACAUGGGUGCAAUUGGCUCCAUAAUCGGCCAUGAAAUCACUCACGGUUUUGAUGACGCAGGCAGCCAGUUCGACUUCGAAGGCAACCUCCGGAACUGGUGGACACACGACACCAGGCAAAAGUUCCUCGACCGUGCCAAGUGCUUCAUCGAGCAGUACGGCAGCAUCGUCGAUCCACAAGCGGGCAUGAACCUCAAUGGCAUCAACACGCAAGGAGAGAACAUCGCUGACAACGGUGGCAUUCGGGAGGCUUUUCGGGCGUAUCGGAUCAGCUUGGCCAAGCUGGGAAAGCCAAAUGGCGUUGCUCUGCCCGGUCUCGAGCGCUUCACCAGCGACCAGGUGUUCUUCAUCUCCACGGCUACGGCCUGGUGCACCAACAUGAGAACGCAAGAACUUAAGAACGACAUCCAGUACGACACGCACAGUCCAUCGAAAUACAGGGUUAACAUCCCCAUGGGCAACCUGGUCGAGUUUUCGCACGCCUUUGGCUGCCCGGAGGGAACACCCAUGAACCUGACUCACAAGUGCAUCCUGUGGUGAACAACUCUCGUCGCUUCGAAACCGCGGCUACCUCGGGGUCUGAACGGCUUUCGUUCCAGGACUUUGUAGACGGCGUAGCCUGUGACAGCGUAACAGAACCGAGUCUUCAAGAGGCGGCCGGGGACAGGCGAAAAAAAAAAAAAAAAAACGAGACGAAGAAAAAGCAAUCCCCCGCCUGCUUCCACGAACCAUCUAUCUCUCUCUCUCUCCCUCUCUCCGCAAGUGGCCCGUAGCUCCAUACUACACCCGAAUGCAUUUACUCUUGUACAUACGCGUGAGCUUUCAUUCAAAUUUCAUGUCGAAAUCGCGUGUAUCCUGAAGCUACGCAGGGUCAUCGGAGGAAGAAUGGCAUGGAGAAGAACACGUCAUUGCACGAACGAUCUUUCUUCUUUUAUUUCCGAAUGACGUUCUUUUGUAAAAAGAAAAAAAAAAAGAAAGAUGGAUGUACAGUACAACUGCCUUUUAUCCUUGG